AUGUCCGACCCUGAAAGUGGAAGCGGGUCAGUAACCGUGGCGACGGGUCCCCCUGGCCAGGCCCUCAGUGUCCUGUCUGAGAGAGUGAAAGUUCUAGAACACAGCCUGAGAGACAAGGUCAACUCCAUCACAGAGUCCGAAGGUGCUCUGAGGAACAGGAUCAGAGAGCUGGAGGUGUCAGAGAGUAGUCUGCAGCACAAGGUGGAUGACCUCACCGCCACGUCAGCCCUCCACUGUCCCAGAAUGCAACGCCAGAGGCUGGAUGAGCGGCUAUAUGCGCUCAAAGAUGAAGUCAGGACCAUGUCUCAGGAGAAGGAGCGAGGGGAGCGUGUGUGGCGAGUCCGACUGCAGCGCUGCCAGGCCCAGCUGAAGGCCAAAGAGGAGGAGAUGGCUCGCCAGUCGCACUACUUCGAGCACUUCAAGACCCAGCUGCAGCACAAGCUCAGCCUGUCCAGGGACCGGGAGCAGGGCCUGCAGGCCCGCAUCCACCUCCUGGAGCGACGUCUGCUGGAGCUCACCAUGUCUGCGGCCUCCGCCGCAGUACCCGCCCUCAAGAAGACGGCCACCGAGAGACUCGCAGGAGGAGAGGAGGGCCGGGCGAGGUACGACAAGGAGGAGAGCGGCUGCGAGGCCCGACUGCGGGGGUUCAUCCUCAGCCUCCAGGAGGACCUCAGGGCGCUGCUGGAGAGAGAUGAGCAGGGGGAGGCCGAGCGGAGGGGGUUGGCGGAACAGCUGCAGGAAGCACAGGAGAACAGCCACUUCUUGUCCUGUAAGAUGGAGGAGAUGCGGGCGGGGGUGCACAGGCUAAAGCUGGCAGAGAGCUCCCUGACGGAGGAGGUGGAGGAGCUGCAGGAGGAGAACCUGCGCCUCCACAGGAGCCUCGGCCAGAACCCCAGGAAGGCCUCACAGACUCCUGUCCCUGAAGGCCCCAGCCCUAGCCCCAGCCCCAGCCCCAACCACAACUCCAGCCUGUCUUCUGCCCCUGUUGUCCCACAGUCCAGCCCCCCUCCCAUGGGACAACCAGGCCCACUGAACUGCUCAGACCAGCAGGAGGGCCUGUCACUGCUGAGUGCACCUCCCUCUCUUAACCACCGGGGGACAGCCAAGUGCUCACAGGAGGAUGACACAGCGAAACAGCAUACCACAGCCAAACCUGACAGUUCCACCUUACCUCUGCCCAAACCAGACCUCCUGAACCUCUCAGGCCACCGUAGCCCCAAACCCAAACCCAGCCCCAAACCCAGCCUGCUCUCCCUAGUGACCUCCACAUCGGAGGUGGGGGCGUUCAGCCUCAGUCAAGGGGACAGUCUGGGGGACUGGGGCCCAGGGUUCCCGUCUCUGGGCCUGGGCGAGGCGGAGGGCAGUGAGGAGACGGAGGCCCUGAGGGAGGCCUACAGGAGCCUGGGAGGAGACCUGGAUGGCUUGAGGGACCAGCGGGACCAGCGGGACCAGCUGGAUAACGCGCUGCUCCACACCCAACAGCAGCUGCAGAGGCUGUCCCUGGAGAACGCCCGACUGAAACUCCAACUCAGGGAGCAGGCGGGAGAGGGGGCCUCCAAGGCAGAGCUGAGGUGUUCAGUGGGAGAAGUACGUGUGUCAGGAAACAGCCAAAUACACGGACAUCCCCUGUCCCAUGCCCCAACCCAGGAAGUUCUCCCAUCCUCCUCCCCUUCCACACCCCCCGAAGGUGAUCUCUUUGCCCUGGCCCAAGACGACCUGGCCCUGGCCCUGAACCAAGAGAACCGUGCCCUGGCCGGGCGAAUCCAGGAGUUACUGGCCCACCUGGAGCUCCAAGAGGGGGAGGCGGAGCGUGAGCUUGCCCAGCUCAGGCUGCAGGUGUUGGGGCUGGAAAGGGACGGGGCCAGGCUGGAGCAGGACAACGAGGAGCAGGUCUGCCUCAUCGCUGAGCUGACCAGGAAGACCGAGGACGACCUCAACACCAUCAUGGACCUGCAGCAGAGGCUAAACAACAGUGGUCAGAUACGGGGACCGCAGGUCCACGACGCGCUCGAGUCAGGGUGCGGUCUGAUGGAGCUUCCGAGCGACCAUGCAACAGGGUCAGAGAGCGGUCAGGGUGACCGUGGCGGUGGGUCAGUGAAUGAUCCACCUCAGAGUGAAGGACCAGUCAAGCCAGUUAGCGUUCCCUCUCAGGUCAACCGUGCGGUCGUAUCAGUUCACGUUCAGCCGCCUGAACCUGCAGCCGAGUUAGAGAACGGACUACGGGUAGACCCAAGCCCGGUUUGCGGUCAACAAAACAAGCAUCCGACGACAGAGCUACCGAGUGGUCCAAACUUAGACGACCGCGUGGUCACGUCAGGAAACCCUCCGAAGGGUGAGGAUGGGAGCGGCACAGCCAGCGGUUCACGGGGCGAGCGCUCGGCCGCGGAGGAGCUGCUGCGGUCCGUCAGCGCCCUGAGGGAGGAGCAGAGGGAGCUGGGACGCUCUCUCCAGGGUCAGACGGAUGACAAGCACCAGCUGACGCGCUCCCUCUGGGUCCUGAAGGAGGAGAGAGACCAGGUCACCCUGUCUCUACAGGCUCUUAAGCAGGAGAGAGACCUGCUGACCAGGUCUCUCUGUGGCGUGAGAGAGGAGAGAGACAAGAUGAUGCGCUCCAUGAGCGGUCUGAAAGAGGAGAGGGACCGCUUAAGUCAGUCUGUGGGCUCUCUCAAGGAGGAGCGAGACCACUUUGUUUCUGAGAAAGAGAGAGAGCACGUGACGCAAUCCCUCCAUGGGUUAGAGAAGGAGCGAGACCAGGUAGAACGGUCUCUCUGCGGUCUGAAAGAAGAGAGAGACCAGCUGACUCGAUCCAUGUGCACUUUGACCGAAGAGCGAGACGCUUUGGUCCAGUCACUCUGUGACCUAGAGGAGGAGAGAGACAAGCUGGCAACGUCUCUCUGCGGUGAAAAAGAAAAGAAAGACCAACUAACAAACUCACUACGUGGACUCAGAGAAGAGAGAGACCGGCUGCAGACAGACGUCACCAGCCUUCAGAAGCUGCUUCACUCAGAGGGGCCGAGUCAGAGCCGGGUGGCCAAUCAGAGCCAGGUCGGCAUGCCAACGAGGAUAGAUGGCGAUGCCACUCAGAGAUGUCAUGUUACGGUCUCCUCCCUCCAGUCUGGUCAGGAUGGGGGGAGUGGAGGAAGGGAGGAGCUCCCAGGGGAGCGAAUGGUGAGGGAGGAAGAGGGGGAGUCAGGGAGGAGGAAGGAGGGACACAGUCAGCUGAUGAGGGAGGUUGAAGCGACGGGUGCAGAACUCAGGAGGUCGCAAGAGGAGCUGCAGAGGAGCCAAUCAGAGGUCCAGAGGUGCUACCAUGAGCUGGGUGUGUCUGAGGCCAGAAGCGUGGAGGCAGAGAAAAGAGCACAGCAGGCAGCCAAUGACGUGAGGAGGAUGAGAGAGGGAGCGAAGGAGGAGGAGGAGGAGACCAAUCGGGAACACGACAAGCUAAGGACAGAGGUGAGAGAGAUGCAUGACAGGGUGACUAGACUGCAGAGGGAGAAGAGCGAUGCUCUCUCCCUGAAGGCACAGGCAGAGGAACAUCUCACCAUGCUACAGGCUCAACUCAAUGCCAAGACGGUGGCUCUGCAGGAGUUGAACUUAGAGUACACAGCCCUGAGGAGAGAGAAAGAGAGCAGGGAGGAACAGAAAGACACAUUCACCUCGCUCAGGGCGAGGUAUGAUGACAUCAGAGCUAAGUACGACGUUCUCCUCAGGAAGAAGAGCCAGACUGAUCUGGAUAUGGCUCCUCUCAAGGCCAAGCUGUCAUGCCUGGUGGUGAAGUGUCAGCAGAGGAACCGUGUGUUGGCCCAGAUGAUGCGGGCCCUGCGUCGGUCUGGCUGUCUGGACCUCCCCCUCAUUCUGGAGGCUGAGGACCUUCUCAAUGACACAGCACUGCAGGACUACACCACAACCUUCUCACCAGGACACAAGACAACCCUACCAGAGUACACCACAACCUUCUCACCAGGACACAAGACAACCCUACCAGAGUACACCACAACCUUCUCACCAGGACACAAGACAACCCUACCAGAGUACACCACAACCUUCUCACCAGGACACAAGACAACCCUACCAGAGUACACCACAACCUUCUCACCAGGACACAAGACAACCCUACCAGAGUACACCACAGCACACAUUCCUGCAACUGGUAAAGCACUUAAAGACCCAAUCGGAGAAUACGCUCCAGUCUCCAGCACAGCGCUGCAAGACCAACUCCUCCAGCCUCAGUUAACUGCUGUUCCCGCUUUGUCUGAGACACCCAACACCUCACAUGUGUUCAGCUCAACACAGAGCUUGAGUUCACCUGCGCCCCAGAAUGACAGCGGUGACGACACGAGCCUGUGUCUGACCUCAGCAGAUCAAAGUCCACUCAACACCCCUCUGACGCAAACUUCCAAAGUUGGUCCAGUCCAGGUCACAGCAUCCGCAGACAGACACGGACUGUACCAAGAGGGGGAGAAAGGGGAGGCCCCUGAGAGAUGGCUAGGUGUGGGCAGGAGGCUGAGCAGCCCUGAGAAGAUCAUGAACCUCCAGCUGCAGCUGCAGAACACCCUGUUCCAGAGCUACCAGGCCUCAGUGAGGAGAGUGGAGGCAGGGGAGGUGGAGAACCACACCAGGGGCAGAGCCUCAGGCCAGCAGCCCAGGAUAGGCCUCUCUGUGCCAGCUACAAGAGAGAUGACUCUGGCCCCCAGGACCACAGUGAAUGUCCAAAUCAGCACUGUAGCACCUAACCGACCCAAACACAUCUCCUCAAUACCUACUCUUAACAAGGCUUCUGUCACUAGCAGACCCAAACAUGUCUUCUCCAGUACCCCAACUGCCACCAGCAGUGCUGAAGAAAGCAGCCCACAAGAAAUACCCCCUCCGUUGUCACCAUGACGAUAACCCCCUCCGACCUUGGGUCCCUGUCCAGACCAGCACCCAGCACUGAAAAGGCAGCUACUGCCACCACUACCUCAGUUACCCCCCUCAGUUCUACCCCAACCAGGUCAACUGCCCCUCUGAGUUUUACCCCUCUUGGGCUUUUGGCCCCCACUCUCAUGGCCCAGACUGUUAGGAAACGGACUGCCACAGCUUUGUUCAAAACUGCCCCGAGAAGAACUGCCCCCGACAAGCAACCCCACUCCUAACUCCCAAGUACCCAAGCCUGUCGCACGCUGCCAAUCUGCCCCUGACACACCGGCCCCUUAUUCCACCUUGUCUGACAGCCGUACCCCUGCCCCCCCCUCCAGAGGGCUCCACUCCACCCCCGCCACUCCCCCCUCCGUGGGGAAGAACAGCACAUCCUGAGAGACAGAGGGGUGUUAGUCACACCUUCCUCCGCCAGAUCAAACAGAGCCA